UGUCAGUAAACUCGGUGACUGGUUGGGUCUGAGUCGGUCAGUUCCGUUCAGGAAUCAGGAAUUUAAUAAUGUGUCGCGUUUGUGUGUUCUGUGAUCAAUUCAGUGAAUCAACUUUACAUUGUAGAUUGUAGUAUGUCCGAUGAAAGACCAAUAUUUUUUUAUCAAAUUGUAUAAGGAAUUCCUUUACUUGCCUAGAUCGUUUAAGUGAGUUUGUGUGAUAUUUUAAAGUACAAAGUACAUAUAAAAUGUGUUUGUGAUAAUUCUGUUCAAGUGAUUCUCGAUUUGUCGUCGUGGGUGAUCUUAUACAUGGAACGUUGAUCGUCAUAGCAUAUCCAUUUAUUUCACAUAAUGGUACCGCUCUGAACAGUUGAUAAAGUUACUCCUAGAACAAUAUUAUUGGAUAUGCCGCCGUCGAUGGAUUUUUAACAGUGGCUUAAAAUUGGUGCGGCUGCCUCAAGAUGAUGGUGGAAACCAUCCUGGAGUCCUCUCAGGACUUUGGCAUGUCGAACGGAGCACUACCGCAAUGGAAGCGCGAGCUCCUGCAGCGGCGCGCGGCCGCCCGCAGCCGGCCAGCGCAGCCGCCGCCGCAGCCGCCGCCGCCGCCCCCGCCGCCGCCGCACGACGAGGAAGACGAGGAACUUCGCUACGGACCUGGCAUUGUAAAACGUCUUCAAUCGCGCUACCUGAGCUUAGCGCUGCGGGACGCCCCGCGCCGCCGCCCUUCAGUGUUGCGACGCGCUACCUCCCUCGAGCAUUUGUUGGAUGAUCGACCACCGCCUGCGCCUGCGCCUCGUAACAACUUACGGCCUCCGCGUCCGGCGUCCAUGGCAGUACCACCAGCGCCCUUGAUACCUUCCACGCGUCGCGACUCCGUAAAACGAGCGCGCUCUGUAGACGCAUUGAGUCGCCUAGAUUCCCGAGAGGAGCCCCGAGCACCAUCGCCUUCACCACCGCCGCCUCUUGCGCCGCGGCCGCCUGCGCAGCCUCGCACCGCGCGCCCUCCCCGACGACCUACCCCAUUGUUACGGGAGACGGAACGACCUCCUCCCGACGUAGUUCGCUCGACCCUACGGAAAUUCGAAAGCGCGCCAACGCGCCGAGCUCCGCCCGCUGUCCGCAUCUCUGCGGUGCUGCGUGGCCUCGAAGGGCCACGGACUUCUACGCCCGAACCUCGCGAAUCAUCAGAUGCACCACUCAGCCCCCGAACGCCUAGUCCACUGCCCGCGACAGAAGCCAUGUCGCCUGUGCCUGUUCCGGUCGCCAAUAAUGAAGACACAGAGAAUGCGCUGCCACCCUCGGGCUCCCGCCCUGUAUCCCGCGCUGCUCUCGACGGCAUCGCCCGCGCCGGCUCCACCGUCCGUUAUGCGUUCGAAGUACCUCGAGCGGCCUCACAUUUGCCUCCGCUCGCUGCUACUAAUCAAGUUCUCGUGGGCCGUGCACGUCGUGUAGGGGUAAUUCGCCCGAUGCCAGCUCGUGCUACUGACUCUGCUACCGAUGAAUCAGUCGAAGAUAUUGACGAAAAGAGCACCGAGCGUACUACUAGAUUGGUGUCACCCUCCCCACCGCCGCCUGCAGACAGCGAACAGCCGCCAGGCCGCACCGAAAGACGGGAACCUCCACCAGCAGCGCUAGUGGAACCAAUUCCACGACCACCCCCCGAGUCCUUCCGCUCGUCCACGCCUCCCGCACCCUCCUUCAUUGAACGCAGUCCUAGCCCAGAAACGAAACCGAAGCUGCCUGAAACAAUCACUCCGCAACUAAUAAACGGACACUUGGAGGCCGAAGGUGCGCCAGAAAAUAAAGUGACUACGUCACGUAUUGGUGCAGCGGGCAUCGAGCGCGCCUGGAGCGGGUCGGCGGACAAGAAGAGCCCCGAGAAGGCGGCGGCGGGCGGCGGCGCGGCGUGGGCGCGCGGCAGCCCGGCGCAGGCGCGGCGCGGCCGCGGCCCGCCGCCCGCCUCCACCUCGGUGGUCUUCAACUUCUCCAACCGCAAGGAAGUACCCGACUACAUCGAGAACGACGGCAUCAUCCUGCGCGCCAACAGGCGGAACCGGAUCAAGCCGGGCGAGCCGGGCGUGGUGGUGCUGCGGCCCGACGCGCUGCUGCGCUCCGACUCCGAGUCGGACACGGAGCCGGACGGCGCGGACGGCAGCCCGCCCUCGCCCUGCAGCGUGCGCUUCGUCAACGACAACGUGCUCAUCAACGGCCGCUCCUCCAUGCCCACAAGACCGAACAAAGACCGCAUCUCGAAGUUAAAACUGCAGUUUGACGACUCCCUGACGCGCACGUUCGAGUACCCUUCGGAGACGUCGCUCAGCGAGGAGGGCGCGGCGGAGGCGGCGCCGGGCACGCCGCAGCUGGCGGAGCCGCCGCUGCACGCGCCGCUCGCCGCCAACACACAUAUCACGUCGGCGGCGCUGUCCCGCUACCGGCCGCACAAGACGCGCGGCGCCGCCUUCACGCUGGGCGUCACCCCGCCCGACGCAGCGGGCGCGGCGGGUGCAGCAGAGAUGGCGGAGGUGCGUAGCGAGGCGCGCAGCGAGGCGGAGGGCGAGGGGGACGGGGACCGGGAGGGGGAGGGGGACGCGCGGCCGUGCGGCGCCGACCUCGCGCGCUCCUGGAGCGAGGCGCGCACACACCACACCGACCUGCUGUUCUAGUCGCGGCCACUGCCAGGUCGGAGACGCCGCGCCCCCGCGCCCCCGCGCCCCCGCCCCGCCUACAGCGCUGCGGGAUGCCGGUACUUGUCAUUCCUGUUCAAAUCUGCUCAACUACUGUAUAUCCGCGCAUAGGUUAAGGUACAUCGAGUCAUAUCUGUAGUUAGCGAUAUAUCGCGGAACCAAACAAACGCUUACUGACCAAGCGCGACUGAUUAGCUGAUAAUGAAACGACGCCAAUUUAGCGUCCUUAACCAUUUUGGAGCAUUUACAUAUAAACAAUGGUGUACAUAUAUAUUGGUCUUUGUCUAUGAACAGCAUAGACAAAUAGACAAAUCGGGCUCGGACACGAGCCGCGUGUGAUCACGUUAUACUCAUUCCUGAUGGCAUUCCUAUGUUUUGUAAAAAUAUUGUACUGACGUUUUUAAACAUUUACAAGUAUACAAGUGUAAUUCGAUAGUAGACGAAGUCAAUGGUUUGUAAAGUAGUGCGUGGAAGAAUUGAACGAGAGGCGAUGAACUAAAGUCGUGUAAUUGGUAUAUAAGUGUAUUGUGUGACGGGGCACUGCCUCCCGCUGACUUGCAACUACACUCCAAAGCACUUGAUUUGAUAUUCUCUCAUGUUAGCACACCAGAGAAUUGAGCUUUAGAUGUUAGAAAAGAAAAUGUGUCAAUAUAAUAGUAGAUGACACAAGCACCCAGCAGGUGCGACGUGCCGUACUGUGUCCACACUGUGACGUAAUGUCGCUCGGCGCACUCUGAAUGUAUUAUUGUGUUGCUUACGCAAACCAACUUGUUUCUCCUUCUUCACAUUUUAUUUUCUAUUCCUAAUUAUUUAAAACUAAAGAUGUGUAUCUGUAUGCUAUUCGCAAACAUGUUGUAGUUGGACGUAGUCUAUAUUUCUGCCCUGUUUUAUGAAUUUAGAAAAGUGAUAGACGACGGGAGAGAAUGUUUGAGUGCGCUGCGGAACGCGGCCCCAUGAGAGUGGUACUCAUACAUGACUAGAGAUAUAUAGGUAUUAUAGUGUCACUUGCCAAUGCCUAGUUAUAUCGUACUUUAUGCAUAUUAUGACAGUUAGUGGUACAUUAUUAUCAAUUAGUUGUAACUGAUACGUGUAGUAAUGCAAUAUGUUGCAAUUUUAUUUCUGUAAGUUGACCGAGGUGCGAGUCGGUGAGGUACUUCGACGGCGACUUGUAAACAAACGUGUACAAAAGAAAUAAUGUAUUAUUGAUGUAAAGCUGAAGCAGGGUUAGAGAGCGGAGCCUCCGAGUCGCCCUCCGUCGACAUCGUUAGCUGUUAGUGAGAUUGUGAUGAGCUCGUGACGCGUACAAAGGUCGCGGCCGGUGUCACUGCGCUGCCUGCUGCCUUAUUGUAUUUUAUAUAUUAUCCGUAAUGUAUUAUUGAUCCUAAAUUGCAAUAAAAUAUUUAGAAAACAUU